CCACAAGAACCCAUUAUUUUUGAAGGAACAACAAAAUAUAUCAAAUCUUCCACUAGCAAAGACUCACCCUUUUAUAUUAUCCAUGACCAUAGGCAGUUACACAUGGUUCACUCAUUUAAUUUAUCUUUCCCACUUCUUAAUCAACAUUAUUUUAAUGGGUCUUCCUUGUGCUCAUGAUUCCGAACACUUCAUCUUCAACGCAUUAUAUAUUUUGUACCUCCAACUUAUUGAACAAAACCAACCCAUUUCCAAUACUGCCUAAGAAGCAUCAUCAAUGGCUUCCCAUGAGAAGCAAAAGAAAAGUUUCAUGUCCAUUUAUAAGUCCACCACCGGCAAUCAUAUAAAGCCGAUGAUACCACCACCAGCUGUGGUGGUGGAUAAGAAAUCCAUUCAACGAAGUUGGUUUUCAAGGAAAUCGAAAACGUGCAACAAGGAAAUUGAGCAAGGUGGCCAGAGAGUCAUAGAGGGAGGAGUUGGAGGUGUGGGACAAAUAUUAGUUGAAGCAAGGAAAUCAGUUUCCCAUGUUGAAACCAAUUUGGCAUCAGUGGCAACAUUUCUUCAAGUCAAGGUCUUGGUCUCUGACAUGCCUGAAUUCAUGCAAGUGCAUGCCUUUCGUUGUGCAAGGCGUACUCAUGAUAGCUUGGAGAAGUUCAGCUCUAAACACAUGGCUUUUAACAUGAAGAAGGAAUUCGAUAAAGUGUAUGGGCCGGCCUGGCAUUGCAUCGUGGGCUCAAGUUUCGGCUCGUUUGUGACCCACUCAACAGGCUGUUUCCUUUAUUUUUCAAUGGAUAAACUCUACAUUUUGUUAUUUAAAACGAAGAUCCAGAAAGCUUUGGAUUAAGGGUUAAUAGGAUUAUAGGUUUGUUUGAUCGAUCACUAAUGCCAGUAUGAUAAUUUUUAGAAGCUAUUGUUUUGUGUUUGAUACUUAAAUUUGAUCCUUUAUUGUAUUUAGAAGUCUGAACAUGGAGAAGUAUUGUAAUUUGCUGUAACAUAUCUUACUAGUUUGGGUCCUUAUCACAUUAAGCGUGUAAGUGAGAUUUUUCAAGUUGAGGUAUGCUAAUCAUCAAGUC